CAUCUCCUCAUGCUCGCUCUUAUUCCGUCCUUCUCUCUCAUUCCCCCCUCGCUUUCAUUCCCUCCUUGCUUUCAUUCCCUCCUGCUGUCUCUCAUUACCUGAUACUGGAGUUGUGAGACCAGUUUAUUAGCCCUAUCCAGGAAUUUAUCUCAAUUUAGGUUCUUAAAGACUAAAGAGUUUCUGUGAGACUAACAGCAGCGAUGAACCAGAAGAUUGUCCUCAUCACAGGUUGCUCCUCAGGCAUCGGCCUGGCCCUGGCUGUACGCAUCGCCAAGGAUGAAAAGAAGAGGUUCAUGGGUAAGUUAGUGGGAACUCUUUGGGUGGAACAGAAUUUGGAGAUUGAAUGUUAUGGUAAUAGAUUGUAACAGCAAGAUUGCAACCAAAAUGUGAUGUUUAUUCCACCGCUGUCAAUGGAAUAAAUCUCAGCUAUCUGUAAAAAUUAUUAUGGAAAGCACUGGAAUUGUGAGGACGGUUCCUCCACCUUCAAAAUCCCCAAAAGUAUGGUCAGAAACUCCUAAUCUCCAGACUAUACAGCUACACAAUAUUCAUAGACAAACUUGUCUGCUUCCUAGAGACUAAGAUACACCUGUGUUGUGUUCUCCAGUGUAUGCCACGAUGAGGAACCUGGGUAAGGCAGAGGCCCUUGUGGAGGCAGCAGGCAGGACUCUGGGCAGGACCCUGGUGAUUAAACAACUGGAUGUUUGCAAUGAAGACUCCAUCAAGGCCUGUGUGGCCAGCCUGUCUGACGGCAAGAUAGACAUACUCAGUAAGUACGGAUGCACGCACGCAUACACCCUUAUCUGGUGUUACAUGUAGGCUAAUAAUCCCACAUCUUUAUAUGUAUGGACACAGUCUUCCCUGAUCUCCUUUGCAUUACAAACACAGUAAAUAAUUAGACUGUAAUUAUAUUGUAAGGCUUGUUGGUUGUAUUAAAAUGAAGGACUGCACUGCUUUUUGCCCUCACAUCCCAAUUCCAGUGGCUUGUUCAGUAGGAUGUAACGUUACAGAACAUUCAGGCAGAAAUGUAUCAUAGAAAACAUAUGAUUGUCUGUCAUGUAGAAUAGGGCAUUGUUUCAGCUCUACUGAUUCAAUUUCUAUUUGCAAACGCAACGAUCAGAACGUUUUCACAUAACUGAAUAAACCUAUAUUUUCCCCUCUCAGUCAGCAAUGCUGGGAUGGGUCUGAUAGGCCCCAUAGAGUGUCAGUCUAUGGAGGAGAUGAAGGCUGUCAUGGAUACCAACUUCUUUGGUCUAGUGAGACUCCUCAAAGAGAUCCUGCCAGACAUGAAGAAAAGGAAGAGCGGCCAUAUUGUUGUGAUCAGCAGUGUCAUGGGCAUACAGGGUAAGAGAUGUUGCUUCUUUUCACACAAUGGCUUUUCAUGAGGUUUUCUUACAGACCAGCAAGAGUGCUAGUGUAUUUGUGAGUAGGCUACACAUUUGUAUGUGCCUAAUAGCAAAGACAUGUAUUUUAAAGGUAAACACGUAUUACCAGUUUUAAUGUGGCAUGCCAAACACAACCAGGCAUGAUGUUUUCAUCUGAUUGUCAAAUCACUUCAAAAAGUAGGCUACCUGUGCACAUUGGUCCACUCCAAAAUAAUUCCAGCAUCCAAACAGUGCACCAGCCAUUGGAUGAAUGGAAAGAGACAACUGUUAAAAAACACCAAAACAUGCAAUAACAUUCAGGGAUUGUCAGUAGGUCUACACUCUUGUAGCCUGAAUUAAUUGAUGUGUCUUGCUGACAAAUUUACAUUUUUUUGUAAAAAGAAAAGUCGGGACACCUGAAAAGGGGCUGAAAUAUAGACGCGAAUAGAGCCAUGUCUGUCCUGAGCUCAUCAACGCGGGAAACUGCGAAGGCCCAGUUAAAAACAAUGUUGCAAUUUCGCUAGCAGGUUGAACCCAGUCGAUACAAGGUUGCAAGUUUGCUAGCCUAAACUCAAGACAGAGAGAGAGGCGUACAGGUGGGGAGAAGAUAGAUUAAUGCGAUUGAAAGAACCUGAACCAACUGUCACUGGAUUAAACCAUGACAGAGAGGUGGGGGUGUUCGUUUAAUUUGGAAUGCACUUUUCUUUUCUUUUUUACCACUGUAUCAGUAAAAAAUUGCAUUUUAAACACAGGAGAAUAGUUCAAAUAGAGAUCCUCCCAAAGUUUGACUUUUGUUGCAUUUAGGGGAGCUCAUGUCUCAUUUGGGGGGCUGAGCCCCCCCCCCCCCCCCCCCCCCCCCCCAUAAUUCCCACACUGCUACUGGUUCAAUAUUAACUGUUGAAGAACCCUCAGCCUAGAAAUGGAAAGACUCAUCAUGAUCUGAACUUCAUCAAUUUAAAUUUUACAAUUGACACAUCUGGUCUGUAUAAAUGAUUUGGUGGCAUUCUCCUUUUUCGCAGGUAUAUUAUUCAACGAUAUCUACGCGGCAUCCAAGUUUGCUGUGGAGGGGUUCUGUGAAAGCUUGGCCGUCCAAGCCCUGAGGUUUAAUCUGAAGUAAGUAGUCCUACCAUACCACUAGUUCUGGUCCAGGGCGUUAGUGUGGCUUGCUAAGGAAUGCUGAGCAUUAGGGACCAGAGCUUCCCUACCACAAACUGCAUCUGGUGUGUGUGGAGGGUACAUUCACACUGCUCUGUUUGUAAGAGUUAAAUUAGUCUCAUGAGGCAGAGAUUAGAGAAGGGAGGGAGAGGAUGCAUCAUGGAGCUGACUUCCCCUCAGUGGCAAAUAAUGCAUGCUAACCAACACCUGUGGCCCACUUGUCCGUGUCAGCAACAUCUGCACUCAUACAUUGCAAUAUCCUACCAUUGUUUCAUGCCACGAGUGACAAAAAAACACAUGCUACAGUUGGGUAAAAUGGUAAUAACAACCACACCCAACAAAUAUUAUACAGAUGAUUUAUAAGAAGCUACAGCAUAGAGACACAAUCUUAGGAUUUAUUAUAGAUUUCCCUGUGGUAUUACAUACAGAAAAUACAAAAAGGUUUUGGUGACAGAAUAGAAUUGAGUUUACUAGGCCAACUGAACAUUCACUUAAAGUAGUAAUGGUGUGUGUGUGUUGCUGUCAUUGCUGUGGCAGUAUAAGUCUGAUUGAGCCAGGCCCUGUGGUGACGGAGUUUGAGCGUAAGGUCUAUGAGGAGGGCAUGAAGGCAGACCUCUCCAAAGCUGACAAAGUGACAGCAGAUAUGUUUACCAACAUCUAUCUGAAGAACUUCAAGCAGAUCUAUGAAAGCCUUGGACAGACACCUGAGGACAUAGCAGAGGUAUAUUAGCCUAUUGUUAUAGAGGAAAAGGGCUCAAAUUGACACAUUAUAAAGGCUUAUACAUAUAACAUGUUAUAAAGCUUUAUACCUAGAGACUAAGUAAAGUGUAGUUCUCAAUCACAGGGUUUGUUUGUUUGGUGCAUGUGUUCAAAUUGCUGUGGUUAAAUGUCUCCCCCUAGCUUGACUCACUUGACUUGUCCAAGGGCCUCAACAGUGCCUCUCCAGAAAACCAUGUUCUGGGCAGUUAUUUUGUAUUUAUUUCAGGUUAUUCCGAAUUCUUCAUCUCAUCUUCAAUGGCCCUUCCUUCUCUGUGUCUUCCUUCCUUAGCACACACACAAGAUCAUCACCAUGGACAACCCUCCAUUCCGGCACCAGACCAACACCCUGUACACCCCCAUGACCACCCUGAAGUAUGCUGACCCAAACGGAGACCUUCCCAUUGACACCUUCUACAAGAUGGUGUUUGAGCACGACAAGGUCUUCAAUGCCAGCCUCAACUUCCUCAAGCUGCUACGCUGGAGGAGCCGCAAUAACUUCACUAUGGAUAAGGACAAGAGCAAUUCUUAGGAUGUGUCCCAAAAGGCACCAUAUUCCCUAGUGCACUAC